UACUCUCUACAAACACUCGCAUCUCUCUCUACAGACACUCGCAUCUCUCUCUACAGACACUCGCAUCUCUCUCUACAAACACUCGCAUCCCUCCAGCCUCCGAAGCAUACAUCUCUCCCUCUCUCUCUCUCUCUCUCUCUCUAAAAUGCAUCGCCAAAAAUCGAUUGAUUCAUUUUUUAGCAAACCCUCGCCGGGAAAUGAGAAUUCCGGCGGGUCUACUUACGCCGAGAUGCUUAUCCGGCGGCGGAAAAUGCAGUUCUCUACUAACCGAGUGAAGCAAACCUCAGCUGUUGCAGAGGUGUCUAGGGUUUCAAAUGCGAGGGAGUUGCCAUUUGUGGAAACAAAGGGUACAGAUACGCCACCUGAGAAAUUGCACGCUCGGCCUGUUAAUUUAUCAGUGAACGGAAAGAGUGAUUCUAUGCCUUUUGGGAAUUUGAUGCAAAAGUUUGUAGUGGAAGGUGAACCAGAAGUCGAUGGAAAAGGGAAACAGAUGGGAAAAGGUACUGUUAGUUCAAAUCCAAAAUUGCAACCAACUUUUGAUGAUGAUAUUGGUUUAUCAAAGCAGAGAACUCCCUUUAGGCCCCCAUUGAAGAUUGGAGCUACUAAUUUAUGUGCUAGUAUUAAAAAUGGUGGUUCUCAAACUACUGAAACUUACCCUGAAGGCAUAGAGACUCCACCAGAAAAAUUGCAGGCACGGCCUCGUUCCAGCAGGUUCUUUAAAAAGGAAGAAAGUAAUUCUGUGUCUUUUGAAAGCUUAAUGGGCAAGUUUGUCGUGGAAGAUGAACCAGAAGGGGAUGAAAAAAGGAAGCAAUGUCAACAGGGUACUACUUGUUCAAAUCUGAAAUUAGAACCAACUUUCGAUAAGGAUGCUGGCUUUCGAAAUCUGACAAACCCCUUUAGGCCUCUUUUAAAGAAUGAUGCUGUUGAGUUUAGUGCUGGCCUUGAAAAUGGAGGUUCUCAAAGUAUUGAAACUGUACGUGAGGUUUCAGGGCCAGAAACACCAGCUAUGCGGCCACUAGUUCCCCGCUUGAAAAGAAUCCAAGAGGAACAGUGUAACUUCAAUGACAUGCUUAGAGAUUCUUUGACGUUUGGCUUAAACAAAAAACAAAAAAUGGUUAAUGAUUUAGACUUAGGGCCAGGCAUUGGUAGUUACUGUGGAGCAUCUGAAAAUAUAGGCAGUAAGUUUGAAUGGCUCAACCCAUCAUCGAUAAGGGACUCAAAUAAAAGAAGACCAGGUGAUCCCCUUUAUGAUAAGCGGACCCUCUACAUACCUCCUGAUGCCUUAAAUAAGAUGUCUGCAUCCCAGAGACAGUAUUGGACUGUGAAAAGCCAGUAUAUGGAUGUUGUUCUUUUCUUCAAAGUGGGCAAAUUUUAUGAGCUAUAUGAAUUAGAUGCAGAGAUUGGUCACAAAGAGCUCGAUUGGAAAAUGACAUUUAGUGGUGUGGGUAAGUGUAGACAGGUUGGCAUUUCUGAGAGUGGAAUAGACGAUGCUGUUCAGAAGCUGAUAGCCCGCGGACACAAAGUUGCAAGAAUGGAACAAACCGAGACAGCUGAUCAAGCUAAGGCUAGAGGAGGAGCAAGUGCUGUGAUUAAGCGGAAGUUGGUUCAUGUCUUUACUCCAUCAACGACUUCGGAUGGCAACAUUGGACCUCAUGCCAUUCAUCUUCUUGCUUUGAAAGAGGGAUGUUCUGGCCGACAUGGUGGCAGUUCACCUGUUUAUGGAUUUGCCUUCCUGGAUUGUGCUGCUUUGAAAUUUUGGGUUGGUUCGUUAAGAGAUGAGGCUUCUUCUUCUUCAGCAUUGGGAGCUUUGCUGAUGCAUGUUUCCCCUAAAGAAGUGUUGUAUGAAAAUGGAGGGCUCUCGAAGCAAACUCAGCAAGCACUUAAAAGGUUUGCUUCAACAGGUUCCACCUCUUUACUGUUGAGCCCUGUGGUACCAGGGGCAGAGUUUGCAGGUGCCUCUGAAGUUGAAAAGUUGAUUCAGUCAAAGCACUAUUUUGAAGGAUCCUGUAACCCUUGGACUUCUGCUUUCGAUGGCAUCAAGCACCCAGAACUUGCAAUUAGUGCGCUUGGGGGACUUGUUUGUCACCUAUCUAGGUUGAUGCUAGAUGAUGUUUUAAGAAAUGGAGAUGUUGCACCCUAUGACAUUUAUGCAAGAUGUCUACAAAUGGAUGGCCAAACUCUUGUGAAUCUUGAGCUCUUUAAUAAUAAUGCUGAUGGUGGGAAAGCAGGCACAUUGUUGAAUUAUCUUGAUAGUUGUAUUACUCCAUCUGGCAAACGGCUGCUAAGAAACUGGAUUUGCCAUCCGCUACAGAAUAUUGAAGAAAUUAAUAAUAGGCUUAAUCUGGUGGAAAAUCUCAUGAAGCAUGUGGAUAUGAAUGUCCUCAUUACACAGCAUUUGCGCAAACUUCCUGACCUUGAAAGGCUGAUGGGCCGGGUUAAAUCUAGUGUCGGGUCGUCAGAUGUACUGUCCUUGCCCUUGGUUGGAAAAAAAGUACUGAAACAACAUGUGAAAGCGUUUGGAUCCCUCAUAAAAGGCCUCCGAAUUGGGAUGGACAUGUUGAAAGUCUUACAAAAAGAAGAAUAUUGGUGUUCUCAACUAGCAAACUUCUUGCCUCCUUCAUUUCUGAAUGGCAUUAAAAAUCUUGAUGUCCUUCUUACUGAAUUGGAAGCUGCUUUUGAUGAUGAUUUUCCCCAUUACCAGGACCAUAACAUUAAAGAUUCAGAUGCUGAGACAUUAUCUGUUCUUGUGAAUCUAUUCAUUGGAAGCUCUACUCAAUGGUCUCAAGCCAUUAAUUGCCUUAGCACAAUCGAUGUAUUGCAAUCGUUUGCUGUCACUGCCAAUUCAUGCAAUGGGUCUAUGUGUAGACCUGUUUUUAUGCCUCCAAGUUCUAGUUCAGGAGAUGAGAACAAAGGAUCCAUGCUCAAGAUUAAUGGAGUGUGGCACCCAUAUGCCAUAGGAGUGAAUGGUAGCAGUGUAGUUCCAAAUGAUGUGUACCUUGGCGGAGAGAUGGCUGGCUGUAACCCUAACACGUUGCUUUUAACUGGGCCAAAUAUGGGUGGCAAAUCAACCCUUCUUCGUGCUACAUGUCUAGCUGUUAUUCUUGCUCAGUUGGGUUGCUAUGUGCCCUGCGAAUCAUGUGUCCUAUCGCCUGUUGAUAUCAUCUUCACACGCCUUGGUUCAACUGAUCGUAUUAUGUUGGGAGAAAGUACCUUUCUUAUUGAGUGCUCAGAGACUGCAUCCAUCCUACAACAUGCAACUCAAAAUUCUUUAGUGGUUCUUGAUGAGCUUGGUCGUGGGACGAGCACCUUUGAUGGAUAUGCCAUUGCCUAUGCUGUUUUCCGGCAUCUCAUUGAAAGAGUUCACUGUCGAUUGCUCUUUGCCACUCAUUACCAUUUUCUCACCAAAGAGUUCGCCUCACACCCUCAUGUGAGCCUACAACAUAUGGCUUGUAUCUUCGAACCCAAAGAUGAGGUAACCGAUGAUAAACAGUUGGUUUUUCUUUAUAAGCUUGCUUCAGGGGCUUGUCCAGGUAGCUAUGGCACACAAGUUGCUCUAAUGGCUGGGAUCCCAAAUAAUGUGGUUAAAAGAGCCUCUAAUGCAAGCCUCUUAAUGAAGUCUAAGAUUGGAGAUAGUUUUGCAAUGAGUGAGAAAAGGGCAGAGUUCUCUACUUUACAUGAGGAAUGGUUGAAGGAGUUGUUGGGUGCUUCAGGAAUGAGAAUGAGUGGAUUCAGUGAAGAUGGGUUUGAUACAUUGAUUUGCCUGUGGCAUGAAUUGAAGAGUUUUUACCAGGGUAGUGAGAGAAAGUAGAGGCUUGUGUAAUGGUUUGUAUAGUUUUGUGAUGUUGCGAGUUUUGGCUGAAUGGAAGCAAAAAUUGGAGGUUGUUGCAGACCUUUUCCCUGUAGGUUUUUGAUGUUCAGGACUUUUGCUGAAUGGAAGGGAAAGGAGGCCCGUAGAGGCCUCUGUCUAUUCGAUUGCA